AUGGACAGCCAAUCACGACGUUAUCCUUAUCCAUACGGUCAACCAGAGACUAGUCAUCAACCACCUCCUCCAUCCUCAGCUACGGGUCCAACUGCUACAACCAAUGCUGCAGCACCUCCACCUCCUCCAUCAGCAGCAGCAGCAGCAGCUUCCAAGGAAAUAUACCAAUACGAUGCACCCUGGCCAAUCUAUGCUCUCGAUUGGUGCAAGACACCUCAUGAACGAAAGGGUUUUCGAAUGGCUCUUGGCAGUAUCAUUGAAGAAAGCAAUAAUAAGCUCCAAGUGAUUGCUCGUACCGAUACGUUGGAUGGAGGUGCUAUGUAUGGUGGAAUGAAUCAUGCAGUGCCAGAUUUUACAGUGGUAGCAGAAGCAGACGUAUACUAUCCAACGACCAAAGUGCUUUGGGAACCAUGGAGGAGUGAUUCAUCAUGGCGAUCCGAUUUGUUGGCUACCACUGGCGACAUUCUCAGGAUAUGGGAAUUGAUUGAUCACCCACGAUAUGGCUCCACAAGCAAUUCCAUCAACAGCUCUAGUAGGCGCAACAGCCCUCCUUAUUACAUGCAACAACUCGUCAAGAAAGCAGAGUUGGCCAAUACAAAGCAAACCGACUUUUGUGCACCAUUGACAUCAUUUGAUUGGAAUGAAGCGGAUCCUUCACUGAUUGUGACAUCCAGCAUUGAUACGACAUGCACCGUAUGGAACGUGGAGACCAAUCAAGCCAAAACACAGUUGAUUGCACAUGAUAGUGAUGUUUAUGAUGUCGCCUUUAUGCAUGGAUCAGCGGAUAUCUUUGCCAGUGUUGGUGCUGAUGGAUCGGUGCGACUCUUUGAUCUCAGAUCACUUGAACAUUCAACCAUCUUAUAUGAAGCACCACCAAGUACAACUGUGGACAAUGGUCGAUCAGCAGCAGGAGCACACAAUGGAAGCAGUAGUUCGGCAGCGGCUAUGGUGAAUGCAGGAACAAACCCAUUGUUACGAUUACAAUUCAACAGGAUGAAUCCCAACAUGCUUGCCACAUUCCACAUGGACUCUUCAUCAGUAUUGGUAUUGGAUAUUCGUUACCCAAGCACACCCACAGUGGAGCUUGUCAAGAGUCAUCAAGGAAGUAUCAAUGGUAUCAGCUGGUCACCUACCCAAGAAGGUCAGCUGUGCACUGGUGGCGAUGAUGGCCAAGUGCUUGUGUGGGACAUUCACAAUGGCGCAAAUAGCACUACCGAUCACCAGACCAGUCCACGCCACCGCCAUCAAUAUUAUCAACAACAAAAUCGAUACAACAACAGCAACAGCAAUCAUCACCACCAUGCUACUCGUUCUAUUCAAGAUCCCAUUCUAGCAUACUCUGCUGCAUCGGAAAUCAAUUCUCUCGCAUGGAGUAAAGGUGUCCCUGAUUGGAUUGGAAUCGGUUUUGGAAGGACUGUACAAGCGUUACGUGUUUAA